ACAAGGUCUCUCUCUCUCUCUCUCUCUCUCUCUCUCUCUCUCUCUCUCUCUCUCUCUCUCUCUCUCUCUCUCUCUCUCUCUCUCUCUCUCUCUGUCUCUCUCUCCAGAUGUUGCCCUGGUGCAGUAGAGCAAGGCAGCAGCCGUGGUCAGGUCUCCUCCAGUAGUGGUUCUGUUCUGAGCCCAGCGACACAGAGCCGGGCCUGGGGUCGCGACCCCGCCAUGUCAGAGGGGGGAUGGGUGCGUAGGAUCCAGCCGUUUGUCAUCGGGACCAGGCUGUCCGUCCCGCCAGACCCCCAGGACCAAGGAGAACCCAGCUGGUCUCCCUGUCCCACUGGACGCGCCGCAUCAGACCGGACCUGCUCCACCGGGCUGGAGGAAGAGGGGGAAGAGGAGGAGGACUCCCUAUCUCCGGCCUACUCCUCCUCACGCUCUAUCAGGAAGAUAGCCAUAUGCAGGGGGGGGCAGCCUGGACCUCCAGACCCGAGAGGAGGCAGAUCCUGGAACUCCAGACCCGAGAGAGGCAGAUCCUGGGACUCCAGACCGAGAGAGGCAGAUCCUGGAACACCAGACCCGAGAGAGGCAGAUCCUGGACCUCCAGACCCGAGAGAGGCAGAUCCUGGAACUCCAGGCCUUAGAGAGACAAGCCUGGACCUCUAGACCCUAGAGAGGCAGAUCCUGAAACUCCAUAUCUUAGAGAGGCAGACCCUGGAACUCCAGACCCUGGACCUCUAGACCCUAAAGAGACAGACCCUGGAUCUCUAGACCCUAGAGAGGCAGAUCCUGGAACUCCAGACCAUGGACCUCCAGACCCUAGAGACACAAGACCUCUGGACCCUGGACCUUUCGACCAUAAAGAGACGGGAACUCCAGACCCUAGAGACACAAGACCUCCAAACCUGGACCCCUGGACCCUAGAGAGACCGACCCUGGACCUCAGGACCCUAGAGAGACCGACCCUGGACCCCUGGACCCUAGCGAGCCCGGCCGGGAGGGCCAAGGGGUGUCCAGGCAUCAUGGGAGGAUCAGCCUAGAGGAUGGCGGAGGGCCACGGUCUCAGCAGUGGAGGAGGAGCUCUGUCCCGCUGAGGAGUCACGCCCCCUGGUGGCGGGGUCAGGUGUGGAGGAGGAGGAGCCACAGAGGGAAACAACCUCAGAUCACCUAUUAUCUUCUUUGUUAGGUAACAAUAAACUUGACGUGAAGCUAGCUCUGGAUGUCUCCUCCUUCUACCAAACAGCCGACGGUCUCCUAGCAACCAUGGACAGUAAGCAUGUUGCAGAGCUGACCAACAAAGAAGAGCUCGAGGAGCUGACCUUGAAGAUAACAAUGUUAGACCAGAGGGUGAUCUGCCUUUCUGAGGUCCACCCCACCCUGGCGUCCAGACUAACCCAGAAGCAGACAGAGGUUCGGGAUCGCUGGCACCGCCUGCUGGAGCGGAGGAGUGUGGAGGGGGCCUCCUGUUUAAAGCCUAGUGAUGGAGCAGACCAAUCAGGGCUUGACGUUGAGUAUCCAGCUUUCACUGUAAAGACACUGCGGUGGUUGGAGGACAGCGCUUCAUUAGCACCAGCCGGUCGACAGGGGGGAGUCAGGGCAAAGAGACCCUUUAGGAAGAGACGCUCGCUGAGGAGGAGGAUCUACCAGUUGCUGUCUCGCUGUGCAGAGCUCUGCAUGGACAUUCUGGAGGCCCAGGACCUCAUGGUGCUGAGGUGUGAGCCUCACAGCCCCAUGAUGGACACCUUCACACAGCAGCAGCACACCCUGGAGCUGGAACAGGAAGUGAUGCGGCCAGACGUGGAGGAGCUGGAGCAUGUGACCUCUGACCCCCAGUGUGAGGAUAUGGGGGCGUGUCUACAGGCCUGGGAGGAAGUGACCCACGGCUUGGCAGAGAACAACCUGUGUCUCCAACACGUGGAGAAUAUCCAAAGGUUCCUGAGGGACUACCUGGACAUCAUAUCCUGGGCUGAGGAGACCAGAACCGCUCUGUUGUCUAAGGGACCUCCACAGUCCUCCGUUGGUCGGGACCACCCAGGUCCCCAGCUAGAACCACCUCUAGACCCCCCUCUACACCACCUUCCAGAACCUCCUCUACACCACCCUCCAGCCCCUGAAGACCACCAGGACCCUGUACACCGCCAGGACCCUGUACACCACCAGGACCCUGUUCACCACAGAGUCCAGCAGAAGCUGAAGGACCUGUCUGUCCUGGAAGCAGAAGGACGUCUGCUAUUCCCAGAGUCCUCCCAUCUCGCACCAACCAUCAAGGAAAGGAUGGAGGAGCUGCAAGGCAUGCUGGGAUGGAUUCAGCUAAACGGCUGGGACCGGAGGAGCCCUGGUUACCAUAGCAACCAGCUUGGGGGAUUGGAUGUGGGUCGCCAAGACGGCCGCUCUCCAUCCUCGGAGGCUCCGCUGCCUCCCCAUGAGAACCUACUGACUCAGUCCCCAGCGGAGCCCAGCGCGGAUCCGAACCAGGUCCCCCAGUGUCUGGUCACCAGGCUAUCUUCUGGGGGUGAUGGGAUCAGCUUGGUGCUGACCUUUGACCCAGAGUCAGCGGACAAAGGUCAUGACCUGAUGAUCCCGGAACCAAGCCACCGGGUCAGCAGGUUUCUUCAGGUCUCAGACAUGAGUAGAGGAGGCCCGCUUCCCCUAGAUGGUCUUCAUUACAUCUCCUCCACCACCCCCUCCUCCUCCACCACCCCCUCCUCCUCCACUACCACCUCCACCACCCCCUCCUCCACCACCCCCUCCUCCACCACCAGCUCCGCUUCCUCCUCCACUACCACCUCCACCACCCCCUCCUCCACCUCCACCCCCUCCUCCACCACUAUCACCACCACCUCCUCCUCCACCACCCCUUCCUCCACCACCCUUUCCUCCACCAUUACCACCUCCACCCCCUCCUCCUCCACCACCACCUCCUCCUCCACCACCACCUCCUCCACCACCUUCCUUCCGAAGGUGAGCACUGUGGUCCUGCCUGCGACCCCCGCCCUCACCUCCGUCGCCUCCCUGAAGGUGCACACCGAAGGUCGAGGGAGGAGAUCCACCGCCCGGCGUUCACCCUCUGGCCCUCCCCAGGCAGAGCCUCCGGCCCCCGCCCCGCCCCCCCACAGAGCCAACACCUGGCCCCUUGACCACCAGACCUCAGACGGCCCCGCCGCCACCACCAGGCCCGGGCACCCCAGCCUGCAGCUCUACAUGAGGCAGGACCCCGGGGGGAGGACCCGCGGGGUCAAAGGUCCAGAUCAGGCGGAGGUCAGGGGUCACGCGGAGGGCCGGUACACCAUCCCGUUGGGGUCCACCCUCAGACUGGACCUGCCCAGGAGCCGGGACAAACCCGCCAAACUGACCUCUGAGGGUCACAGUCUAGCCAGGACCUCUCCUCCGCUGGUCAGAUCGGGCUGUCCAAACACAUGCCUGAGUGGUUCUGCCCCAGGAGGACCCGGCAACCCCCAGCCCCCCUCCAGGGUCGCCUGUGGUGGGACGCGUCCGGAGGGAGAGAUGUCUGAACAUGUCAGAGCGCCAGCUAACGCCCCUCUUUGCUGCCACCUUGUGGACACACCUCACGGCUCCCAGUCCACAGAGGAGCCCAGGUCACCCCCCCCUCUGGUUGAGGGUGCCAGCACACCCGGGUGGGUCCCGGGUGUGUCUGUCACCUCAGACCGGGCUCCACGUCCGUCGAGCCGGGCUGUAGCUCCAGAACCUCCGGGAUCUCUAGAGCUCCUCAGACGUCACAUCUGUCCGUCUGUUCACACUAAGAUCUCCGACCUGGAGGGUCACAUGUAUCACCAGCCCAAGCACCCAGCCCCCCUCCAACUCCACCCAGACCAGGCCGGCUCUGUGAGCGCUCGGCCCUGCGGGUUCGGUCGGGUGGUGGUCUGCUCAGAGGAGGAGCAGACCUGCUGGUUCUGUUCACGACCCGGCCAGAGAGGAGACCCCCUGCGGCCACAGACCGCAGGGGGUCUCCCUCCAGAGGGUCUCCCUCCAGAGCGCUGGCAGUUUGAGGAGGUGGAGGGAGAGCUGGAAGACAUCUGGGACUCGGUGACUAAAGAGAGAGCACCGUGACCUGCUAAACCACCACCUGACCUGCUAAACCAUCCCCACCUUGACCUGUUAAACCGCCUCAUCCCUGACCUGCUUAACCACCACCCUGACCUGCUAAACCAUGACCGGUUUGGUCACCAGACAAGAAUGUUACAUAUCAAGAGAAAAUGUCUUUCAUAAAUGUAUUUUAUGUUCUUUAAUUUUCUUACAUGAUAUUUUUAUAUUUGCUCUUUUUCCAUGUUAUUUUAAGAAUAGCAUAGAUCUAUAUUCUGUUUUGAAACUAAAGAUAUAUCUUAUUACUUAUAAAGUUUCCUUCAAUAAAACAUGAUGAUACUGUAUAAUCAGCACAUGAUAUUUUUUCUAGUAGUUGAGUUCCCAUAGUCUAACCUGCUUUUUAUUUCUGCUUUAUGUGUGUCUAACGGUGUCCAACAAGCGUCUCUUUGUUAUAAUAACCAUCUUAGUGGUUUUGAUUUAAUUUCCUCUAAUUUAAACGCCUUAUUAUCCAACAGCUGUAUCAGCAGUUUCACACAUUAUUCUGUCACCUUGUAUGUUUUAUACAUAUAUUUGAGUAUUCAAAUACUACCAUAUUAUAGACACAUUGUAUGUGUCUAUAAUAUGGAUCUACAUAGCAUAACCAUAUACUAUAUUCUGCAGUAAGUGUAUAAUUUUCAACGAGAAUAAUGCAGACUAUAUUUUUGUUAUAGUUCCAUUUUCUAUUUAAAAAGAUUGUAAGGAAACCAACCAUGGCUAAAAGUCCUUGGAGGCCGCCGGUUGUCAUUAUAUCCUCAAUAACUCUGCCGCUAGAGGUCAGUAUAUCAUAUAGGAACUGGCUCCCUAAAGCAGACUGAAUUAAUCCACCGAUCAAUUUGCCUCAUAAAUAAUUAAUAAUACUUAACCUCCACAAACAAAGCCUAAUCUAAAUGCAGAUUUAAAAAGAAGUAAGAACACUGUGUCCCAUUUGAAGAAAAUCACAUUUACCAAGCAGAGUAUUUUGAUUCAUAUAUCCGUGGAUUCAAUAAUAUAGAAUAUUUUUACUUUUGCAUGGAUAAAAUAAUCGACCAUAUAAUUUCCUAAUGCCCGAUCAUCGUGCUCUGCAACUGACAAACUAACUUAAAUCAGCAUUGUUUACAUAAUUAACUGAAAUAUUGGAGUUUAGGAGAUAUCAGUUUUCCUCAAGUGCUAUUGUGUUGCCUUCUUUUGUUACUGAAUUUGUAUCUGAUUUUUUUAAAAGUGGAUUUUAUUUUGCAUUCAUAACUUUAAUUUUUUACAUUUCUUUUUAUUUUCCUAUUUUUUCGGUUGCACAGGCAUAAAUUCACCAAUUAAUUCACACAAUAAACACAUACUAAUAACACUACCUACAUAAUUAAUAAAUGCACACUCAUGAACACAACAAAAUGAAUAAGAAUCAAUAAUAAAAUACCAAAAAAAUUAAAUAAU